AUGAAACCCUUCAUUAUGUUAUUGGCAGUCCUCGCCGUUGCCAGCGCCCAGGCUUCGUGGUUCGGCUCUGAUACGCCUCGUAUUACGGCCCCAGGCACUAAAGGAAUCCAUAGCGAACCUCUUGUAUGCAGAAUACACGAAGUGGUCGAAUGAAGAACUUCAAAAGUGGCUCAACGACCAUCACAUCAGUACACCGUCUCUUGAUACAUAUUCUCGCAAUGACCUCCUUGAGCUCGUCACGUCGAAUUGGAACAGUGCAGCGGCAUGGUCCUACGACCAGUAUGACGCAUGCUGCGGUGCAUAUUUGGGCAGUGAAACAAUGGCUGAUUACAGAGCCUUGGCUAUCGACACUGAAACUCAUCUAUAUCCCCAAGGUGAUCCAAAUACACGUCCUGGCGCCAUCAUAAGCAUCCCGGCAUCACCUGCAUAGAUAGGAAUCACAUGGCAUUGUCUCUCAACGCUGAUGAAGCCACCGAUGCAGUCUUGAGCCUUCUUGGGCUGCCGGAUGCUGGAACUUGGGCGACGACUACAAAUUCCAUAACAUACACCAACUGGGCGCACCUUCCAGAGUGGAUUGAGAAAGUGUUGGAUGUCAGUUGGUGUGUGAUAUAUGGGCGGGUUAGUGUGGGGGAAGGGUCUGCACACUCACUCUGGUAUCUGAAGCAUAACGGACUCAGUGCAGACCCCUCGGUGCAGCUGACAGUCAGUGUCCAUGUUGAGACUCGGGCGAAUGGCGACGGGAUGUUGGAUAUGGCUGCUUCCAAACAGGCAGUACGACGUCGCCUUGCAGAAGUCAUCGACAGCACCGACUUCCUUAUCGAGAGAGUAUGGACUCGUGGAGAUCUCAGUGAAUUCGGCGAGUAUUCCGUGCAGUUUGCAGGUGGCGGUGGAUGGGUUGUUGCUGCCGGUCAGACCGUCAUUGAGAUAUAUGAUGACAACUAUAUGUUGACAUCGGAGACUUUUGAAAGAUAUGCUCGCAAGCUUCUGGAGCAUACCAUUCGCAGGGAUAGUCCACCCUUGACUAUUCUCAACAUCAAGCGUGGCCCGAUGUUAUCCCUGACUAGGACCGACGACAAUCACAACUUGCGCCCAAGAAGAAUCAAGGUUUGCUCCGUCGAUCCAAAGUUUUACCUUUGGUUUGAGCUGGACAAACCUGUUAUUGCUGCUAGGGCCACCGUCAAGGGAUCUGCCCCGGCCAUUUCAAGUGGAACAUGGGUAGUUGAGAAGGGUGUAAGUGUUAGGACAGUCAAGCUCGAAUUUACGAUUGCAAGGCUGGGGCACCACGUUGAGGAGGUGCAUGCAUAUUUUGCAGAGUCGGAAACCAUGGUUUCGAGGUCACAGACAUUUGAGAUUGAGGUUGUUCACACUCAGCAGACACCUUGAAUGGCGCGUUUUCCCUACAGUAUUCGAACAUGUCUUCGUUUCUCUUUUGCCAAUCUGUAAUAAUAUAUUGCCAAUUUUCUUCAUUUAUUUAACCAG